AUGAAUCCAGCUCAGCCCCAAUGCCCGCCUUGCCCCGAAGCGCCCGAUUCUAGGGACUCUUCUCCAGUGCCUGAGAUUGAUGGGCCUGAAGACAAUUACGCACCCUUGCAAAUGUCAUCUGCUGAGACCCCCCACACGGAGACCGUCUCUCCUCUUCCUUCCUGCAUGGAUCUACUUGUUCCAGGACGUAUUCUUACCAGCCCCAGAGUGCCCACUUCUGCAGAGGAGAUCACCGCGAAGAAGGACGAUCCAGCUCAGGGCAAGAAACAGAAGAUCAGAACCGUCUUCUCUCAGACCCAGCUAUAUGUACUCAAUGAUAGAUUUCAGAGACAGAAAUACCUCAGUCUCCAGCAGAUGCAAGAACUUUCCAACAUUCUGAACCUUAGCUAUAAGCAGGUUAAGACCUGGUUCCAGAACCAGAGAAUGAAAUGUAAGAGGUGGCAAAAAAACAACUGGCCAAAGAAUAACAACACUGUGACUCAGCUUCCAUUUCCCUUUCGGUUUGGACCUGAAAGGAAGGAGCGCACCGGGUCGGUUUGCCUGGGUCGUCUGAAUUUCACAGCCUAG